AUGGGCACAAAAACUCGGAAAUCUUGUGCCAGAGCGAAAAGGAAGAACUUCGGAAGGAGGUACCGACGAUUGUUUUUGCCGUUUCAACUCAGACCCUUGAAUCCCAACCGAGAAGAAAUCAUGAAGCUGAAAACAUACGCUGGUCUUAGUUUCAUUGCAACUCUGGCUAUCAUAUAUCAUGCAUUCAACAGUAGGGGUCAGUUUUAUCCGGCAAUGGUGUAUCUCUCAACUUCCAAGAUCAGCUUGGUGCUUCUUCUCAACAUGGGUUUGGUCUUUAUGUGUAUUCUAUGGCAAUUAACCAAGAAGAUUUUCUUGGGUUCUCUCCGGGAGGCGGAGGUUGAGAGGCUCAACGAGCAAUCGUGGAGGGAGGUCAUGGAAAUCCUCUUUGCAAUCACCAUUUUUAGGCAGGACUUCUCCGUCACAUUCCUUGCAAUGGUCACAACUCUGUUGCUGAUUAAGGCUUUGCACUGGCUGGGUCAAAAGAGAGUUGAGUACAUCGAGACCACUCCUUCAGUGCCCAUGUUGUCCCAUGUUCGAAUUGUAUCUUUUAUGGGGUUCCUUCUUCUCUUAGAUAGCAUUUUCUUAUACAGUUCUUUGAAGCAUUUGAUAGAAACUUGGCAGGCUUCGGUUUCACUGUUCUUUUGUUUCGAGUACAUGAUACUCGCAACCACCACCGUAUCAAUUUUUGUAAAAUAUAUUUUCUAUGUCAGUGACAUGCUUAUGGAUGGACAAUGGGAAAAGAAACCGGUCUUCACUUUUUACCUGGAACUUAUUAGGGACUUGCUUCACUUGUCGAUGUAUAUGUGCUUCUUUCUUGUGAUUUUUGUAAACUAUGGCAUUCCCUUGCACCUUAUACGGGAGCUGUACGAGACAUUUAGGAACUUCAAAGUCCGUGUUGCAGAUUACAUACGUUAUCGAAAAAUCACUUCAAAUAUGAAUGAUCGAUUUCCAGAUGCAACCCCUGAAGAGCUUAAUGCAAGUGAUGCAACCUGCAUUAUAUGUCGUGAAGAGAUGACUACAGCCAAGAAACUCAUAUGUGGACAUCUUUUUCAUGUUCAUUGUCUCCGAUCAUGGCUGGAGCGGCAGCAUACUUGCCCCACCUGCAGAGCCUUGGUUGUACCACCAGAAAAUGGGACAACUGCAGCUGUAGGGCAGCAAGGAUCACAGGCAGAUGGUCAACGGCAGGGAACCGGGACUGGCAGUGGAAGCACAGCUCAAAAUGAGGCUACUGAUAACAUGAGUCGACAUCAAGCCAGACUCCAAGCCGCUGCUGCUGCAGCUUCUAUAUAUGAGAAGUCUUAUGUGUACCCUUCUGCAAAUUCUUUUGUAUGCUCUCCUGGGCACACUCUUCAUCCUCCGGUGGCUGAAUCUACUAAUACAGACAACAGUGGAGAGCAAACUUCCUGUGAACCAACACAAAGGCAGUUUCUUACCGCUGGUGGACCAACAUAUGUAUCCUUUCCUCCAAUGCAACACUUCCAUUUUCUACCUUCCCAACCACAUGCAGCACCUGUGAAUUAUGGAAAGGGGUUUGAAAAUGAUCCAAAUAUCCCAAGCUCUCAGCUGGAAGUUCAUAGAAAACUCCUUCAAUUGCAGAUUGAGAUUCUGCAAAACCAGCUUGAGAUUCUGCAGAGGACAAAGGCUGAUAAAAUUGUAGAUGAGGGUACAUCAUCAUCAGAUAGCAGAGGCAAGAGUAUCAUGUGCUCAUCGGGAUUUCGUCAUGGUUAUAUUGAGGACAUUCAUGAUGGAAAACCAUGA